GCCGCGCCAAUAAAAACUUGAGCCGUGCGCGUUGAGCAGGCCCUCCAAUAGCUCACAAGCUAGCUAGCAUGGCAUCUUGUGGCGGCGCGGGCGAUGACGGCGGGCGCUCACCGCCGGCGGCAGUCUAUGACGACCUGGUGGAGGUGCGGGAGCACGCGGCGACGCUGCACAGCAUGCUGCAGGGGUCGCCGAGCGUGUCGGCCGUGGACGCGAGGGAGCUGAUGAAGGGGAUGAUGGCCAAGCUGUCCAGCGCUAUGUCGGUGCUGGGCACCACCAGCGGCGGCGUGGAGGCGUCUUCGGAGGCUGGUGGUCGGGGUCCAGGUGGGAGGAGGAAGAGAUCGGGCACAGUGUCCGGGCCGCACCGCCGGAGCACCUCCAGGAGAAGGUCGAAGAGCCCUUUCAUCAACAUGGUCACUGCUAGGACGCUCAACGAUGGCAAGACAUGGAGGAAGUACGGCCAAAAAUGUAUUCAUGCCUGUACUAACCCGAGGAGCUACUACAGGUGCUCUCAUAAGCCAGACCAAGGCUGCCAGGCCACGAGGCAGGUCCAGGAGUCCGACUCCAACCCGUCGGAGUACCUCAUCAGCUACUACGGCCAGCACACCUGUAAGGACCCCUCCACGUUCCGAUCACUCAUCAUCCAAGGCGCCGCCGACGCUGCCCCGCCUGAAGACUUGCCAAACCUCAUCAGCUUCACGUCGAUCAAUGGCGCCGCAGCUGCGAGCACGAGCUCUUCUCCAAAUCAUCUCGUGAGAGAUGCGGCUGAUCUUCAUUCGAUGCUUUUCUCCCGCUUCUCCAACUACAGCUCCUCGCCGCCGGUGCAGGAGGGUGUGUCCAGCAGCUCGCCGUCGCCGUCUUUCCACGGGGAGUUCACGCAGUACGCCGGCGGGCAGCUCGUCGACGUUAUUGGCCGGAGGACUUCACCGUUGACCGUAGGAUCAGCGCCGGCGGAGUACUGGCCGGUCGUGGGGAUCGCCGGCGUCGACACGGAUGCUGGCGCAGGGAUGGACAGCUUCCCUUCCUCGCCGAGCAGCCUCGGGUUCAUGUCAGGCUCGUUCGGGGGAUCAUUUGGCAAUAACGUUUGCGACGACGACCUGUUCGGCUUCGAUUCCUGACCCAUUAACACGCGCUUGCAAUUUGCAUGCAUGGGGUAGUACUAGUAAUAUUUUAUUGUGAAGGUAUAUUGUGUAUGCAUGUAUAUUGGGCAUGUGGAUAGAAGGUACUAAUAUGUGUGUAUUGGAUGUCAUGUGUAAACAUAUACUGGUACUAAUUAUUAUAUAUGUAAGAGCAUCUUCAACAGCCGUUCAAAAAGUACUCCGCGCG